AGACUUCUGAGGAAGCAAAGCCAAUUGAAGCAUCCAAGGCCUCCGAGGAAGCAAAGCCAUCUGAAGCAUCCAAGAUCUCUGCGGAAGCAAAACCAUUUGAGGCAUCACAAGCAACCGAGAAAGAAAAGUCCUCCGAGGAAACAGAUUCGGUCGAUAAAAUCCAAACCACCAAAGUUGAUGCAGAGAAGGAUGCUUCCAACGCAGUUGAUCCUUCCAAUGACAACGUGCCGACAGAUUCACAACAUUUUCCUUCAUUACCAAAAGCACUCUCCUCCAAAGAUACCGCAGUAUCAGUUGAGCCAUCAAGUAUCAAUGAAGGCAUUGGCGAAGAAAAGAUGUCAAAGGAAAAUGAACCGCUCAAGGUAACCGAAGCAUCAACAGCACAGCCGAGGUCAGAUACGGAAUCAGCUUUGCCAUCGUAUGCAUCAAAGGCAGCGAAAUCGCCGGAACAGACGGUAUCGCAUGAUAAGCAUCAGGAAAAGAAGCAAGUAACAUCAGACGAAAAAUCACACCAAGUUGAAACGGAUCAUCAAGUUGAAACACAUCAAGCUGAAGCAGAUAAAAAGGAGGAUUCGUCGGAAUCUGAAAUGAAGAAAAGUGAGGAGAACAGCGAGGAAAAGCUUAAUUAUACUCAAAUCUCCGAUUCUACUCAGAAAUUGGAUGACAGUACGAUGACAUCCGAAAUGAGCCGAUCAUUUGAAGUGGUUGGUCAGCCUUCCAGUGAUGCUGUUAAGGAAAACAAAGCUGCGGCGGUGGUUGCAUCGGAGGAGAAAACCGGCAGUCGCGAUGCUCGAAUGAAGAGCAAUCCAUUUGAAGUGCUGGAGGAAACGUCUACAGAUGCAGAAAGCAUGGACAAUGAUCAAAAGACAAAGGCAUCAGAGCCCUCCAAACCUGCAGAUGAUGAGGGUGACGUGAACGUAAAUGCAUCGAAAACAAAUGCAGAAAUACCAAUAAGUAUUCCUUCGGAACUUUCAGCAUUGUCGGUUCUUCCGACGGUACAGGAGGAUCUGCGUGUGCCCAUGACUUCGUCAUCUACGGAAAAUAGAUCAGCAGUCGAUCAUGCCACCGAACAAAGUUGUGAUGAUAAUGCACGUGAUCAAGAUCAGGAAUCUUCAACUGAAGCGCCAGUGCCCAAAGACGACACCGAGCUUCCUGCAUCGUCAACAGCCACGAAAGAGGAGGAAAAUCAUGAUGAAGCGCAAGAAAGCGGACAAGACCGCACAUUACAUGACGCUGAUGCUUCGUCCGAUACCGGUUUACCAGAGAUGGAUAAUCAAAAGAUGUCUUCUGAAGAAGAAACGUCACUUGCGCCUGAGCCUACCGAGGACGUCGAUUCUGCCAAUACAGAACCAUUAAAGCCACAAAAGAAUGCUGAUGACAAGCGCAAUAUGUCUGCGCAUGAGGCGGGGUCAGAUAUUAAGGAUGCAAAGAAGUCAAAAGAAGCGCCUGCUCGAGACAGCUUGGCACAUGUUGAUGAUACCGUCACCGCGAAAUCGGAACCAUAUGUUGCCACAGAGGUUGAUGUAAGAGAAGAACCAUUGGACCAUUCUUUCGAAAUGGUGGAUAAAAGCUCGGAAGCUGCAGAUAAUGAAGCUGAAUCUGAUAUGGCGGCUUCAUCGGUUGAGGAUCAGAAAAAGAACGAUAACUCAAAGGCUGAGGAAAAGGCUGAUCGUUCAUAUGAACUGGUGACCCCUUCUUCGGAAGAAUCGCCAGUUAAGCCCCACGAGCAACCCCGCCCUAGCGAGGCGGCCGGUACAACAGAAUCUACGGAAUCUCAGGAUGCACAGACAAACAAAGCAGAAAAAAGCUCUAGUGAUGUUACUCCGGAACAACCGUCGACUGGUACUGAAGAUCAUAAGGAAGGCACUUUGCCUGACGUUGAGCCUGAGGUUUCCGCCGAAGAGCCAAGCCAAAUUCCAAGCGAACCUAUUAUUCCGAUCAAUCCUGAUGAUAUUACAUUAUCGGAAUUCUCUGCAUCUUCAGACGAGGAAUCGGAUGACAACGAAAGCUUGACAGAUCAAGAAGCUUACGAAGAUACCGCUGGAGAAGAAGUGGAUAAAGAAAAGCAUAUGGAUGAGAUCAAUGCAAAAGCACCAAAGGAUCAGGAAGAGUUUUAUCGAGCUUCCUAUGCUAUCUUUGCCGACAUUCUUAAGUAUCAAACCGCGCAACUGAAUUCGCAAUCUCAAAAGGCUGCCUUUACGGCAAGAGAUAAAUCGCAAAUUAUUCGAUGUGCCAAAGACUAUAUCCAUCUUUUGCAUUCCUAUCUCAACCACACUUCAUCACAUGCUUCACAGCCUACCGAAAUUGAUUAUCUUCGUGACAUGGUACAGAUAUGGGAUUUGUGCGACAUACUUUGCUUUACACAAGAUGACACGAUUUCCACUGUCUCCGUAUGCAACUGGCUUAAUACACACUGGCCAUUAGAACGCCGUAGUCAGGGUGACAAUACAGCAUCUAUCGACUGGAAACUUGUACACAGACAUCUCCUUCGGUUAAACAUCCACGAAGCCGUGCAUCUGUUGCAACUGGGUUUGGACGAUUAUUCUAACAGGCUGCGGGCGGAAAUCGAGCGGGUGAUUGGGCUGUUAAAGGCGGUGCCAAUCAUUCAUCAUCACCAGCACGGGCUACCAAAUCUGAGAGUAUGGCGUGAACAGGUGUUGGAAGCAUAUCAGUCUUUCCUUCGUCAAUCGGAUGCCAGCGAAAGCGAUGCGAAUAUCUUGCAGAUCUAUAAAAUCCUCGCUGGCGAUGGACAGACGGUUAUUGAAGUAGGAAACUACUUUGAAGCUCUGAUUGGCAUUUUGUUCUACAACCUACAGUUUUAUUCCUACGGGUUUGCGGACUUGGCGGCUGUAGCAGCGCAAUUACCAUUCCACGAACAAGACAGAGUUCUCCGUGUCUGUUCUUCACUGUUGCAGAACGACUGGGAUACUGCUUUGGCUAGCUAUGACGACUAUUGGUUCCAGGCGCAUUUUGGCCAUUUAUUGGUCGCUUUAGGCUUUGUAUCGGACGUCGAUCAGCAAGUGGAUGUCACAGGUCCCAUUGCGUUUGUGAUGGCGGCUCACGCCCAGUAUAUCGGAAAGACUUAUCAGAUGUGGUUCGAAGCGGUGGAUUACAUCUGCGCAUCUGGUGCUUCGGAAGGCGGAGCAUGGAUGGAAAAUUUACUGGAAGACACCCGGAAAGUUCAGGAUAUGUCAUUCUUACAAAAGGUAUUGGCCAAAUGUGAACACUUCAAGGCUGAUUCCGCACAACGAUAUAUCCACAAGGCGAUGGCAAGGAUAUACGAAAAAGAAGGCGAUCUACGGUCCGGUGCAAAACAUUAUGCGCAAGCAGAAGAUACUGCGGCUUUGGACAUGAUGGCGGAUAAGUUCAUGAACGAAUUUGUGAUGAGGGGUAUGUAUUAUAUUUCAGUUCUCUUGAUCAUAAAGCAGCGUGAUUUAAUGACAAAAUGAUAGGUAAACCAUUCACUGUUAUAACUGACGCCGAUGAAGUUCCAUCGAUCUUUAAGAGUGAAAAGUAUGCAUCUUUGCUCGAAUAUGUCCAUAUGAAAUCUGC